CAUUUGACAGAAGUAGCGACGUCAGCUAACCUCAACUUGUUGUUUACACGUCACAUAAUUAACAGAUUAGCAAAAAAAAGUUAUGUUAACGAAAUUUGAAACAAAAUCAGCCCGUGUGAAGGGCUUAUCUUUUCAUCCAAAGAGGCCUUGGAUACUCUCGAGUUUGCACAAUGGUUCAAUUCAGCUUUGGGAUUACCGUAUGUGUACAUUAUUGGAAAAGUUUGAUGAACAUGAAGGACCCGUCAGAGGUAUUUGCUUUCAUAAUCAACAACCUCUAUUCGUAUCCGGUGGAGACGAUUAUAAAAUAAAGGUAUGGAAUUACAAACAAAAGCGAUGCAUUUUCACUCUACUUGGUCACUUGGACUACAUUCGUACGACAAUGUUCCAUCAUGAAUAUCCUUGGAUCGUCUCAGCUUCUGAUGACCAAACUAUUCGUAUAUGGAAUUGGCAAAGUCGCACAUGUAUAUGUGUUUUGACCGGACAUAAUCAUUAUGUCAUGUGUGCUCAGUUUCAUCCUUCAGAAGAUUUACUUGUGUCAGCUUCGUUGGACUCUACUGUCAGAAUAUGGGAUAUUUCUGGACUGAGAAAGAAAAAUGUGGCUCCAGGCCCAGGCGGUCUGGAAGAACAUUUGAAAAACCCAGGAAGCACUGAUCUAUUUGGUCAAGCAGAUGCAGUUGUAAAACAUGUUUUAGAAGGGCAUGAUAGAGGAGUUAAUUGGGCGGCUUUCCACCCUACGCUACCUCUUAUUGUUUCAGGAGCUGAUGAUCGACAAAUAAAGUUAUGGAGAAUGAAUGAUUCCAAAGCUUGGGAGUUGGACACCUGUAGGGGUCACUACAAUAAUGUUUCAUGUGUGCUUUUCCAUCCAAGACAAGAAUUGUUAUUGUCUAACAGUGAAGAUAAAAGUAUAAGAAUCUGGGACAUGACUAAAAGAACUUGUCUUCAUACAACCAGGAGGGAACAUGAAAGAUUCUGGGUGUUGACAUCACAUCCUAACCUCAAUCUCUUUGCUGCAGGACAUGAUUCGGGAAUGAUUAUAUUCAAGCUUGAGAGGGAACGUCCUGCUUACACAGUCCAUGGGAAUUUGCUGUAUUACGUUAAAGAGCGUUUCCUUCGAAAACUUGACUUCACCACAUCCAAAGACGUACCGGUGAUACAGAUACGUGGUGGAGGCAAAACUCCAGUGUUCCGCAUGUCUUUCAACCCCGCCGAAAACGCUGUUCUGCUCUCUACCAGGACCAGCAACUUGGAAAGCAGCACAUACGAUCUCUACAUGAUACCCAAAGAACAAGAGAGAGAUGACCAGAUUCCUGAAGCUGAGAGUAAAAGGACAUCUGGCCUGACCGCAUUGUGGGUGGCAAGGAACAGGUUUGCUGUAUUAGAAAGAUCUCAUCAGUUGGUCAUCAAGAACUUGAAGAAUGAGGUGACCAAAAAGGUCCAGACUCCGCCAUGCGAUGAGGUCUUUUACGCCGGUACUGGGAUGCUGCUGUUGCGUGAUUUCGAACAUAUUACAUUGUUUGACGUACAACAGAAAAGGACUCUUGCACAAGUGAAAAUCAACAAAUGCCGUUAUGUAGUUUGGUCGUCAGAUAUGAGCUAUGUGGCAUUGCUAGCAAAGCACAAUGUUACAAUCUGUAGCCGUAAAUUGGACGUUCUCUGCUCCCUACAUGAGAAUACAAGGGUCAAGUCAGGUGCUUGGGAUGACUCAGGAGUUUUUAUUUAUACCACGAGUAAUCAUAUCAAAUACACCCUUUUGAAUGGCGAUCACGGAAUAAUACGCACACUGGAUCUCCCAAUCUACAUCACACGUGUGAAAGGCAACCAUGUCUUCUGUUUGGAUAGAGAAUGUAAAACCAGGAUGUUAACAAUAGACCCGACAGAAUACAAGUUCAAACUUGCCCUGAUUCACCAUAAAUACGAGGAAGUGCUUUACAUGGUCAGGAAUGCAAAAUUAGUGGGUCAAGCGAUCAUAAGCUACCUUCAACAGAAGGGUUACCCAGAAGUUGCCCUACACUUCGUGAAAGAUGAUAAAACAAGGUUUGCGCUCGCAUUAGAGUGCGGUAACAUCGAAAUCGCUUUGGAAGCAGCCAAGGCCCUAAAUGACAAGACUUGCUGGGAACAGUUGGCCCAAGCAGCUCUUUGGCACGGCAACCAUCAGGUUGUCGAAAUGUGCUACCAGAGGACCAAAAGUUUUGAAAAGUUGUCGUUCCUGUAUCUCAUCACAGGAAAUCUGGACAAAUUGAAGAAGAUGACUAAAAUUGCUGACAUAAGGAAGGCAAGAUCUGCUCAGUAUCAUGGCGCUUUGCUAUUAGGUGACCUAGAGGAGCGUAUCAAAGUACUGAAAAGUGCAAACCAGAAUUCACUGGCUUAUCUAACAGCCGCUACACAUGGUAUGAAAGAAGAAGCUGAAAUUUUGAAAGAAGCCGUUGGUGAGGGUAAAAAACUUCCGGACGUAACUCCAAAUGCCAAAUUCUUGAAUCCACCUCCACCGAUUCAGCAAGCUGAGUCAAACUGGCCACUUCUCACAGUUAGCAGGAGUUUCUUCGAGAGCACAAUCCUGGUAAACAAAGCCUCUGCCGCUAUGAAGAAUUUGAUGGCAGAGGCGACACAAAAUGUCGAGGAAGUCGAGGUGGAUGCGGGCGCAUGGGGAGAUGAUGAUGAAGAUGCCGAAAUUGACGGGGAAGAGAAAAAGGAAACGUCCCAUGAAGGAGAAACUGGCUGGGAUGUCGAAGACGCAGACUUGGAAAUACCAGAUCUUGGACAUGCGGCCGUGACAGAGUCUGCCGACAAUUAUGUUCAUUUACCGACACCAGGCCCCUCGCUGCCUUCCAAUUGGGUGAAGAACUCUUCGCUGGUGGCGGAUCAUGUUAUGGCCGGUUCCUUCGACUCCGCUUGUUUACUUUUGAAUAAAUAUGUUGGUGUUGUUAAUUUCAGCCCUUAUUUACCGUUGUUCAUGAGUUCCUAUGGUGCAUCCAGAACCAUUACCACUUGGCAGUCGAAUGUGCCAUCUUUGUACUACUACCCUUUGAGGAAUUACAAAGAGAACAAUCCAAAGACAUCUUUACCUGCAGGCGGUAUCCAGCUGAACGAGCUGGUCCAAAGAUUGCAAGCUUGCUAUCAACUAACCACGAGCGGCAAGUUCACGGAAGCACUGGAGAAAUUCCAAAAUCUCCUGUUGUGCGUUACACUCCUCGUUGUUGAAACUAAGCAGGAGGUUUCCGAAGCCCAGCAGCUGCUGAAAAUCUGCAGUGAAUACAUAUGCGGCUUACAGAUGGAGACGCUUCGUAAAACGCUUCCUAAAUCUACGUUGGAUGAACAGAAAAGGCAAUGCGAAAUGGCCGCAUAUUUCACCCACUGCAACCUACAACCGGUUCAUCAGAUACUCACGCUGAGAACCGCACUAAACAUGUUCUUCAAGUUGAAAAAUUUCAAAACGGCCGCAUCCUUCGCGAAGAGGCUCCUGGAAUUGGGGCCCAGACCCGAUGUGGCCCAGCAGGCUAGAAAAAUCCUUCAAGCGUGCGAAAACAAUCUGACUGAUGAGUUGCAGUUGAAUUACGACGAGCAUAAUCCAUUCUCCUUGUGUGGGUUCUCAUACACGCCCAUAUAUAGGGGAAAAUCUGAGGAAAAAUGUCCCUUGUGUGGAUCUUCCUAUCUACCAAAGUAUAAAGGUUGCGUCUGUAAUGUAUGCCAAGUUGCUGAGAUUGGAAAAGACACGCCUGGUUUGAAAAUUAGUAUGCAUCAGUUCCGAUAAAUGAGUAUUUGUUCUUUAAUGUUUUUGUUUAAUUAAUUUUGUAUUACAUAGUAUAUAUAUCUGUGAAUUUUAAUGAUAAAUAAGUUAAUCAAU